UCCCCGGAGCUAGCAUGCGUGCUAGUCAGUUUUGUUCUCUCGUUUUAUCUUAAUCAGUGUUCAUUCUCGCUAUGUCCGGAGGAACGAACCUUGAGUUUCCCGGGACAAGUCAGACCAGCUCCGGGUUCGCCGCGCAUCGCAAAAAAGACAGCAGUCCGUCAGCCUGGUUCUGGGAGAGUCCUGACACUUUAGCUCAGCUGGAGAUAGUGCGCCAGUGGAUCGGGAAGCACUACAAAAAGUGUGUGUUGGUGGAUGCUCCAUCAUGUCAGGCACUGGCUGCUGUGACGCUGCAACUCCUCCAGUUUCAAGAGGAUGCUUUUGGCAGACGAGUUCCAAAUCCUGCCCGCAACAAACUACCCACGCAGUGUUUCAUGGACCUGCGGCCAGGGGCUGGACUCUGUCACAUUCUCGGUUCUGCUUACAAGUUCAAAGUUGAGCAAGGCUGGCGAAGAUUUGACUUGCAAAAUCCAUCAAGGACUGAAAGGAAUGUUGAAAUGUUUGAUGUGAUUGAAAGAACAUUAUUACAGCACAGCUGUAUGUCACAUCCGGUGGUUUAUCUGGACCCUUCACUGGAUCAGGAGCUGGCUAGCAGAAUUAGUGGUGUCGUUACAAAGCACCAGGGUACACUUAGUGUGGGCAGAGACCUGGCCAGUCACCACAUAUAUCCAUUCCCCUCAUCCACAGACGAAGAUGAAUGGAUUCGGCCUGUCAUGCGAAAACAAAGCCAUAUCCUGGUACAUUGGGGCAUGCACCCUGACAGUUAUGACACCUGGUUGCCCUCAAAUGAUAUCGAUGGAGAUGUUGAGGACCCCCCUCAUCCAGAGAAACCGUGGAGGGUCCACGCUGGCUAUGUUCUGGACACAGAUGUUUUCAAUGAGUGGAUGAACGAGGAAGACUAUUGUGUGAAUGAAGGGAACGUGUCUCUUAUUCUUCGACAGCGCAUACAACUACGAGAAGAACAGGACACUAAGUCCACUCCCUUCAAAAAGAGAAGACGCUCUCCAUCUCCCCUGUCCUCUGAAGCUAGGAAGAAAGGAAAGAAGGGGAGGCGACGUGGACAGCAGGAGGAAGAGCCAGAGGAGGACUUGACCAAAGAUAUGGAGGACCCCACUCCUGUUCCUAACAUGGAGGAGAUUGUAUUACCCAAGAUUGUCAACUUCAAAAAAGACAGUGAGAAUACGCCUGUCAAAGGUGGUAUCAUGGCUGACCUGGAUGACCAGGAAGACGAUUUUCCGGGAAGGGAUGAUGAGGAGGGAAGAGUGGAGAUUCCUCGCCUAUUAGAGGGAGAGGACAACAUCACUGAACAAACCCAUCACAUCAUAAUACCAAGUUACACAUCUUGGUUCAAUAACAACAGCAUCCACUCAAUCGAGAAACGCGCCCUCCCUGAAUUCUUCAAUGGAAAGAACAAGUCAAAAUCACCCGAAGUCUACCUGGCCUACCGUAAUUUCAUGAUUGACACGUAUCGGCUCAACCCCCAAGAAUACCUCAGUUCAACAUCCUGCAGGCGGAAUCUUACUGGAGAUGUUUGUUCCAUCAUGAGGGUGCAUGCGUUUUUGGAGCAGUGGGGUUUGAUUAACUACCAGGUGGACGCAGAGAGCAGACCGCUCCCCAUGGGACCCCCACCCACUCCUCAUUUCAAUGUUUUAGCAGACACACCCAGUGGGCUGGCCCCCUUACAACACAAACCACUGCAGGUGACAGCAUCGCAGCACAUGUUGUGCUUCCCUGAAAAGAGCCGAGAGAAGCCUUCAGAUUGCCAGAAUUUCGGCUUGCGCAUGGAUGUUUAUGCCAAGAAACACCCAAAGACAAAGGGAGCUUGUGCAGGACGGGAAUGGACAGAGCAAGAGACGCUUUUGUUAUUAGAGGCCUUGGAGGUCUAUAGAGAUGACUGGAAUAAAGUAUCUGAGCAUGUGGGCUCCAGAACGCAGGAUGACUGCAUCCUCCACUUCCUCCGUCUACCCAUAGAAGACCCGUAUCUCGAGGAUUCGUCCGCCUCCCUCGGCCCGCUGGCAUACCAGCCUGUGCCCUUCAGCCAAUCCGAAAACCCUGUGAUGAGCACUGUGGCCUUCCUGGCCUCGGUCGUGGAUCCACGGGUCGCGUCAGCCGCUGCGAAGGCUGCACUGGAGGAAUUUUCACAAGUCCAGGAAGAGUCUUUAAAUGGAAUAACCUGCAACCAGCUGAAACUAACCGACUCAAUGGAUGCUUCAGAAAUGCAGAUAAACACCAGUUCCCAUCAGGUUGCUGUCAAUGCUGAUGGGCUCCUGGUUGAAUCAAUAGUGCCAAAAGUGGAAGGAGAAAUCCUCAAAAGAGAGAAUGCAGAUGAAAGCGAAAGGAUUCAUAUCGGCACAGGUAAUGAGGACGAUGGCAUGCAGCGUCAGGAGGGAGAAGGAGAUGAGGGGAGAGCAGUGAUGGAGCUAGAUCUUGUAGAGAGCACUGUUACCACGGCAGCAGCAGCUGCUUUGGCCUCUGCUGCGACAAAAGCCAAGCAUUUGGCAGCAGUGGAGGAGAGAAAGAUCAAGUCUCUGGUUGCUUUGCUGGUGGAGACUCAAAUGAAGAAGCUUGAGAUCAAAUUGAGGCACUUUGAAGAGCUGGAGACCAUCAUGGACCGUGAGAAAGAGGCUUUGGAGCAGCAGCGGCAACAGCUUCUUGCAGAGAGGCAGACCUUCCAUACGGAGCAGCUCAAACAGGCAGAGUUGAAGCUUCAGCAGCAGAGCCAGCCAGGCUUCCCAACGCAGCAUUCAGGUCAGUCCAUGACCAACCAGAUCGCUCCCAGCGGAGGACAAAUGCAGGCGAUGGCCCCCCGCCACACCGGAGCACCCAAUGGCAUGUAUCCGUCCUCGCAGCCCGAAGGCAUGACGGCAGCUCAGCCCGGUCUUCCGGCGUCUAGUCACAGCUGAACGCAGUCCGUUAAACUUGAUACAAAUAAUAUUUGCUUGGUUAAAAGAUGACAGCAUUGAUGGUCAAACCUUAUCCAGUAGUCCCAUUCGUAGACUGGAUGCUGUGUGUGUGUGUGUGUGUGCGUGCGUGUAUUUGCUGAGUGGCUCAUACAGUCGAGUUCAAAGCAUUAAGUCUGUGAAAUAUUUGUGUUUACGAGUUGAGGAAUCUUCAGAUUUAUCUCAGUUCAUUAAAGUUGUUUUUCUAAGUUA